CUUUCAAUACAUUUAAAUGCUAUUUUUUUGCUGAAGCUGACUGAUAAAAAAAACUUUUAAAAUCGAAAACGAUGUCUGUUAUUUUUACAAUUGGAAAAAAAGCUACUGAAAUAAUCAACGGUGCCAGUUCCCCGCUAUCAAAAGUACGGAGGGCAAAUUGUCGUGAGUCAAAAAGCUCAACAAGCAGCUGCUAUCAACCGUCAGAAAAUGUCAUUGUAUGGAAUACAGACUUAGAUGGAAAUCAAGUCAGUCUGGCUUAUUGUACGGAUACACACAUUUUAUGGUGCAAUGACCAACAAAUUCAACUCCAGGGAAAGUCUGAAGAGGCUCACUGUCACUUUCCGACGAUACAACAGAGAAAGUCCUUACUUGUAGACUAUAUAUUGAUGGCAGUGAAGUCAAGCAUCUUAAGUGCAAAUAAAGUUGGAAUUUAUUUUAGAAAUAUUAUUUUAAAAACAUGAUAGUACAUAUU